GUAUACACUUUAUAAUUUUAGAAGUAAUAUUUCCAAGUGCCAUUUUAGAAAAAAAGAGAGGAAGUAUUGGGCCGUUACACGAAUGGGCCGCAAACUACGUCUCGACUAUCGCCCCAACCCUAAUCCUUGUUCCCCCGAUUAUUAUAAGAUCGCUUUACAAACAUCUCCUCUGUUCUGGCCUCCUCCCGAUUCGGCGCGUGCUUCUCCCCUCCGUCCCACCUCACUCAGUUGCCUUUGCCAUCAGGGUUCAACAUGUUCACUGCAUCACAGAAGAUCCACAAGGAUAAGGAUGUCGAACCCUCUGAGUUUGAGAUUACUGUUGCCCAGGCACUGUAUGACUUGGAAAACACCAACUCAGACCUCAAGAGUGACCUGAAAGACCUCUUUAUUAACGCUGCCACUCAGAUUGAUGUUUCUGGAAGCCGCAAAGCGGUUGUGGUCCAUGUUCCUUAUAGGCUGAGGAAAGCUUUCCGGAAGAUUCAUCCCAGGCUGGUCAGAGAGCUUGAGAAGAAGUUCAGCGGGAAGGAUGUUGUUGUGAUUGCCACACGAAGGAUAGUGCGCCCUCCAAAGAAGGGUGCCGCUGUUCAGAGGCCCCGUUCCCGUACAAUGACUGCUGUGCACGAGGCUAUUCUUGAGGACAUGGUCUUCCCAGCUGAGAUUGUUGGGAAGCGCAUAAAAUACCGUAUUGAUGGGUCAAAAAUAAUGAAGGUUCUAUUGGACCCAAAGUCCAGGAAUGACACCGAAUACAAAUUAGAUACGUUUACCAGUGUCUACAGGAAGCUUUCCGGGAAAGAUGUAGUCUUUGAGUAUCCACUUACCGAGCCCGUAAGUGCCUAGAUGAUACUCUCAUGUUUGAUGAACAUCUUGAACUCAAGAAUGUCUGUUUCUGCUCUCUUUUCUUAGGUUUUUGUUUUGAAAUUUUGACUGGGGUUCUUAUCUGCCAAUGUUUGAUUUCUAAGCAGAAUAUUUAUUGACGUUUUGUUGUACCUUUGAACUUGAAAAGAUUGCAUUUUGGGUUUUAUCUUUGUGGAUGCCUAUUUUCGAGCUCAUUAUCUUCAUAUCUCAGUAAGUGUAUAUAACAAAGCAUCUUUUUUUUC